AUGCAGUCGUUCCUCGGAAGCUUGAACUAUUACAGCCGCUUCAUUGAGGACUUCGCAGUCUAUGCCACGAUCUUGUACGAGCUGCGGGAAGCAGACUUCCAUGAGAUCGCUGCGAUAGACGCAGAGGAGACGUGGGUCGAUGAUAGUCAAAUAACUGGGGGCGAGCGCGAUAGCAAUUCGACUACUCCUGUCAUCGUGCUUUACGCGAACAAGUGGGCCAUAUCAGCGGCGUUGAUGCAGGAGCACGAAGGUGUGUACCAUCCGGUGACCUUCACUAGUCGCACGUUGAAGGCAAACGAGCUCAACAAUGGAGUGGUGGACAAGGAGGUAUUGGCGCUUCUGCGAAUGGACGUCUGUUACUCGCAGCUGGUUACCAGAUCGAUCAAGGUCUUGUCACGAUUCUCGACCUUGGCCUGGUUGCUCAAGUCGAACGGGUUCGACGGUCGACUGGGUAGGUGGGCAGUGCUACUAUCGGGGUGGACGCUGGAAGUCACCAAAUGUGUGAAGGGUGAAGGCGAAAUCCUUGGGACAAUCGCAGCUAGCAUCACUCCCCGAGCCGAGGUCGACGAGGCCUUAGUCGCGAUAGCACCCAAGACACAGGCACGGAAAAUGAUCACCAUGCCUCCACCAACGAUCGAACCAGACGAGAACUUCUUGGUAAUGAGUUUCGACGGGUCAGCGCGGGUGAAGCGCAGCGGCGUGCAGUCACUCUCGUGGGCUGUAUCGCAGUGUACAACGUUACGUGGGGGAAUGCACCUAUUGCAAAACCGGGAAAGGAAAGCCACGGGCCAGGGUGAUUCACCAGAAAAUAUCCAGGGUACUUAUCCCUUCCAGGUGAUCUCCAUGGACCACAUUCCAUCGUUGCCAAAGUCGUCAAAGGAAACACCGAACUGCUGA